AUGCGGCUCAAGGCGCUCCUUUUCGCCGCGUGCCUAUCGCCCGCGGUGGCCAUUUACUCGGACGAGGUCAACCACGUUGACUUCCAUCACGCUCUCCUCGGUACUCCCUCGCCUGAUUCGACCUUCUUCCUCAAGCCAUCCACUGCCUCAAAUGCCUCGCUUCUCUAUACUUUAUCAGACAAGCUGCUGGUUGGUGCAGUAAACCCCCGCGAUGGUGCGCUGGUCUGGCGCCAGAAUCUCUCGCGGUCGGCGGACUCUCCUGCCCGCGGGGCGGGCCUCUUGCGCGGAUUGGAUGGCAACGAUGCCCUGGUCGGCGCAGCCGGAAACUGUAUAUCGUCAUGGAGUGCCCAGGAUGGCAAGUUGGGCUGGGAGAAGCGAUUCGCCGAAGGAGUGGUCGCAGAUAUCGAGCUUUUGGAGCUUGAGGAUGCUACCGCGACCUCCGGCGUCAGAGAUACCAUCGCAGUAGUUGGCAGCGAUGGGGUCGGAAUUGUCAGACGGCUGGAAGGUGCCACUGGCAAAACUAUCUGGGAGUACAAGGAUACCAGUGGUGAUGUUCCUUUCCAGGUGUCAUCUUCCUCCACAGAAGUCUUCUACAUUUCCCUCCAGUCAGCGAUGCUGAAGGGCUACAAGAUCAAGAUCACUGCAUUGGACCCAUUGACUGGCCGACAGACCCGUCAACAAGUUCUGAAUACCGACACCGACGUGACCACCCCCGAGUCCGUCCUUUAUGUUGGCGCCAACUCCGCCUCCCCUCUCAUCGCGUGGACCGACAAAUCCCAAAAAUCCUUGAAAGUCAAUGUCAUUGGCACCAAGGAGGUUACAUCUAUUGCCAUCGACAAUGUCUCCGGCUCGGAACUUCGACAGAUUACUGUCCAUGCUCCGAACAAGCUUAACUCGCUACCACAUUUCCUGGUACAUUUUGUCACUGAUGCCGGUGCCUGGGCUGAGGUCUACCAUGUGGACUUGAAGUCGUCCAAGGUCAGCAACGCCUAUCGGUUGCCGUAUCUGCAGGGCCAGUCGGUGGUCUCGACCAGUGCCAUUGACGCCAAUGUCUACUUCACUCGAAUCACCGAAGCGGAAGCUAUUGUUGUUUCCUCCGCAUCCCAUGGAGUUUUGGCCCGCUGGGAUCUACAAACGCCUCCUUCAGAGGUUGCCUUGCACUCAGUAUCCGAGGUAGUCGCCAAAGGAAAGUCUUUGGCUGUGAGAUCGGCUCUGUUCCGAGAGCAUGGAGAUUGGCAGCUCGUCCGAAAUGGCCAAAUUGAGUGGACUCGUCAUGAAGGUCUGAUUGAUGCUGUUGCAGCCACCUGGGCGGAAACCGACUUCCAAGAGGAUCUAGCCCAUGAAUUGGAGGUUGAAGGGCAUGAGACUCUGUAUGGCGCUUAUCUUCAUCGGGUGAAGCGUCAUACUCGGGACUUGCAGCAUUUGCCUGACUGGCUGAAGGAUCUGCCAAGACGUAUCUUGAGCAGCAUUUUGACCGAUGAAGUUUCCAACUUGGACAGCUUUGGGAUUGCUAAGCCAGUCAUCAUUGCCACCAAGAAUGGCCGCGUUCAUGCCUUGAACACCGGUAAGCAUGGUGCUGUGUCGUGGAGCGUCCAAGUCACGGAUACCACGCAGUGGGAUGUGAAAGCAAUCUUGAGCUCCCCUGGGGCCGUGACCAUUCACCCCAGCGAUGGGAGCUUUGUCACUCUCGAUAUCUUGACAGGAGAAAUUCUUUCGCGCACCGAGCCGUCCGGCAGCACGCUUCACACCAUCGCCGUGCUUGCGACCCAGGAUGGUGCCUCGUUGACCACAGCUGGUAUUAGCGCAGAUGGAGCCCCGGUCACUGCAUUGGUCAAAGACAAUGGCAUUCUAGUAACCACAAGCGCCGAUGGUCGAGUGCUUGGCUGGAUUUCUGAAGACAACAAGGCGCCCGUUUGGGAGUUUGUCCCUCCCUCCGGACAAAAGGUCAUCAAGGCCACUGCUCGCCCUGCGCAUGACCCCGUCGCAUCAAUUGGCAAAGUACUUGGAAACCGCUCUGUCCUAUACAAAUACCUGAACUCCAAUCUCGCAUUGAUCACCGCUGUGGAUGCAAAGGCCAAGACUGCAAGCUUCUACCUUCUGGACGGAGUAUCCGGCAAGGUUUUGCAUGCGACCACACAAACAGGCGUGGACUCUACGCAGCCUAUUUCCUCUGUUGUAUCUGAAAACUGGCUCGCUUAUUCAUUCUGGGGCGACGUUACUACCGAUGAGUCCUCCGCCAAAGGCUACCAAUUGGUGGUCUCGGAGCUUUACGAAUCUCCCUUGCCCAACGACCGGGGUGCCCUCGGCCCUGCUAGCAACUACUCCAGCGUCGAUACACUCCCAUUGCCACACGUCAUCUCCCAAGCAUUCAUGAUCCCCGAACCUAUCUCCCACAUGGCCGUCACUCAAACCCGCCAAGGAAUCACCACUCGUCAACUCCUCUGCACCCUUCCAUCCUCCAAUUCCAUUGUCGGUAUCCCUCGUCCCGUUCUUGAUCCCCGCCGCCCCGUUGAUCGCGACCCUACCGCCGCCGAGGCCGAGGAAGGCUUGUUCCGCUACACGCCCUUCCUUGAGUUUGAUGGCAAGUGGUACCUUUCGCACGCGCGCGAUGUCGCCGGUAUUAAGGAGGUGCUGUCCAGCCCCACCUUACUGGAAAGUACCAGUCUGAUUCUCGCGUACGGUAACGACAUCUACGGUACUCGGGCCACCCCGAGUCAAGCAUUUGAUGUUCUCGGCAAGAGCUUUUCCAAGCUCCAGCUCGUGCUCACAGUAGUGGCACUUGGUGCGGGUGUCGCCGUUUUGGCUCCUAUGACCCGAAGAAAACAAGUCAAUGCCUUGUGGAAGGCAUAG